AUGGAGACAGAUACCUUUUUUUCAAAAUAUAGCUCUUCUGUCAAUGAACGUGCUUCAAUAGAAUCAUUAUAUCCAGAAGUAUCUUUACCUCGACCAGUUCGAUUUUGGCUUCUUCUUUUUCUUUUAAUACCAUCUGCCUUCUGCUCCCUCGUACUUAUCUAUUAUUUAAUCGUAAAUCGAAAUCUACGAAAUUCAUUGAACAAUCAUGUUAUUAUCGUUCUUCUUAUCGUGAAUUUUCAUGCUCUAAUCAUUGGCUUUCCUAUACAGCUCAAUUUUCUACGCUUGGGACAUGUAUGGCCUGAAAAACCUAUAACAUGUCUUGCAUGGCAGUUUGCAGAUAUUGGUAUUUUCACUACAACGGUAUUUAAAUCAUUAUUUCCAACAAAUUAUCAAUCAUUACGAUAUAAAUUAGGUGGUUUACUGAAUCGACGUAUUUUUCCAUUUACAGGUCGUCGCGAUAUGAAUUUCAAUAAUAAACAAAUAAAUCAAAUUUUUAAACAUUUUCAACAAGGAUUACAUAAUUGUGAUAUUAUAUUGACUUCACCAGAAGAUAUUCUCUCAUUCGAUUUACUCACUAUUGAUAAAUGUCGAAAAAAUGAAUUCAAUGUUGGUCGUUCUAUGUUAACGAUUCAACGAUGGUUAAAAAAGUAUAUUCGUGAUGUAUUAGAUGAAUCUGAUGAAAUUUUACAUGUCAAAUAUCAAUUAACUUAUACUGUUGGUAGUCAAGAGCAAGUUGAUGGACGUACAGAACGUUGGAAAACUAUUCAAAAAAUUCUUGAAUUAGUUAAAAAACAUUCUGCUAAUAUUUCAAAAUGUUUCAGCGAAAAAGUUUGUUAUAAACCAUCUAAACGAAACAGUGCAUUUCCGCAAUUUCGUUUACAAUCGCAUGAACCAUAUGCAUUACUUUCAAUCAUCUUAACAAUUAUCCUAGAAACACAUUCAUCAGUUGAACAUCUCAUUAAUAAAUUUACAUGUAUUGAUAUUCAAUUAUUUCUCAUUGUUCGUGGUUUAUUAUCAUUAAAAUUUUUAUUAAUUACUUUUAGAAAACGAUAUCGAGUUAAUUAUGGUGUCAAUCCAAGUCUUUCUUUUAAUCGUUUAAUGGCUGUACCAUUUCCUGCAAAGGAUGUUGUCGCUGAUAGACCUGAAUUUGGUUUAAAUAAUUCACAAUUAUUUCAAUGUUUCAAUUGUUUAAAUGAAGAAGAAACUGAUCCGACAUCGAUUUAUGAUCAAUGGGUAUUAUAUGAAGAUGAAAAAGAUGUCCCAAAAAGUAUUCAACAAUGGAUUGGAGUUAAUUUAAAAGAUUAUCAACAACGCAUUGAUCAUCUCUUUUCUACUUUCCGAUAUAAUAUGAUAGUUAUUAAUUAUUUCCGUCAUUAUUUUGUAUUUCCUCGAGAAGCAAAACAAUUUCUAUAUAAAUUAGUUACUUCUGCUUGGGAUUUAUCGUCCUCGUUACGAUCAAAAAUAAUAACUGGAUUUAGCGGAACUAAUGAUACACAAUUAUUACUUCCUGUUCAUAUUCGUCAAUAUGAUUUACCAGAACUUCAAAAGACAGAUGCAAUUGUUGUUAAUAAUUUAUUAAAAAGUAAAAAUGAAAAUUAUCAGUUUCUAUACCCAUCAAUGUAA